ACAUCACAGCACAGAGUGCAGCUGCGAGGGGCGCGAGUCGGAUUUGGAUUCGGACUCGGGAGUCGGAUUCGGACUCCUCCCCGUCUGCGGCGGGAGGAAGAUCGCUCGGUCCUGCGGCGGGGCUCCGCGCGGCACGGAAGGCGCAUUGUUGUCUCGCGCUCUGCGAGCCGACGCGGGACGACCGACGGAGAGGGAGCGCGCGCUGCCGCAUCUGGGGACACCGCAGCGAACGGGCUGAGUCUGCGUUGCUCUGGGACGGACGUUUGGAUCGUUUUCAUUGUUCUCCCCUUUCUUUCCUUGCUUUCCCUUCCCCGUUUUGCUACAACAAUGGGCAACAGAGACGACGAGUACGAUUUCUUGUUCAAAGUGGUGCUCAUUGGCGACUCCGGCGUGGGCAAGAGCAACCUGCUGUCCCGUUUCACACGGAACGAGUUCAACCUGGAGAGCAAGAGCACCAUCGGCGUGGAGUUCGCCACCCGCAGCAUCCAGGUGGACGGCAAGACGAUAAAGGCCCAGAUCUGGGACACGGCCGGACAGGAGCGCUACAGAGCCAUCACCUCGGCAUACUAUCGGGGGGCCGUCGGAGCCCUGCUGGUGUACGACAUCGCCAAGCACCUGACCUAUGAGAACGUGGAGCGCUGGCUGAAGGAGCUGCGCGACCACGCCGACAACAACAUUGUCAUCAUGCUGGUGGGCAACAAGAGCGACCUGCGCCACUUGAGAGCGGUGCCCACCGACGAGGCGCGUGCCUUCGCAGAGAAGAAUAAUCUCUCGUUCAUCGAGACCUCGGCCUUGGACUCGACCAACGUCGAAGAGGCGUUCAAAAACAUCCUCACAGAGAUCUACCGCAUCGUUUCACAGAAGCAGAUCGCCGACCGGUCGGCGCACGACGAGUCUCCGGGCAACAACGUAGUGGACAUCAGCGUGCCUCCUACCACCGACGGGCAGAGGGGCAGCAAACUGCAGUGCUGCCAGAACCUGUGACCCUCCGCCUUCCCGCAGACGUUUCGCCCUUCAUUUUCGCUUGGCUCCCGAGUGACAUACUGCUGCUGCUGCUCCACCCGCGCCCCUCUCCGUUUUCUGGGUGCGCGACAUCCUUUUUAUUACUUGUUAAAAUAUCAUUGCAAGUACAAUGACAUGUAUCCAUUUGCCAUGUAAUGAAGUUGUACAAAGUUCCUCUCGCUUUGUCAUUCAUGGAUUCAAACCCCGGGCCCCUACAGCGCAUCAAUUAAUGCUACUGGAAAGCGCUUUUUUCACUCUGUAACAAUGUCCACUCUGUAUACGACCAUCCGUAACUGCUUCAGGUAGUCCGGAACACCGGUAUGCCGGUACUAAGUACCAUUCCCACUAGAUUGAGACUUUUAUUGUCAACGAAACAGAGAUCACUCAUUUGAGCAGUACUGUACCCACACGGACUUUCUGUAUUUGUCCUUAUCUCCUCGUGGCCUCAAAUUUACUUUGCUUUAUUAAUUAGCGACCGAAGGUCCGUCUCGCUUACUUUCACACAAGCUGUAUUUCACUGCGGUAUGCACCCAUUUCUAUAAAAUGCACAAGUAGCACUAGGGUCGGUCAUAUUUACAACACAAAUGUGGAUUUAGUGGGAUAAGGUUACGGCCGUGCACGUAAAACCGUAGAUAUGACUAAGUGAAAUUAGUUUACCUUUAGCCCGUCUUUCUCCAUAACUUGACAAGUUUAAAUACAUCACUUGGUUACCAAGGCAACAUACAUUUACAAAUAGAGAGAAAACGUCCACGGGGCACCUGUUUGUUUUUAAAAUUUAUCUUGAGCAGUGCAAUUAAGCGAUUGCGGGAAAUCUGGAAGUCCGGGAAAUUUUAGUCGAGUGUGAAUAUUACAGGUGCGCUGGAGUUCACCGAACGCACGUUGAUAUUUUUAGCGACGCCAAAAUUAGACUUGGUAUUCACGUGGAACUGGCUCGUUUUGUUGUGGUUUUACUGUGCUUUUCAUUACAUUCUGUAAUGACUAAGUCAUUUCGAAAUUCAGCUUAUAAUGCCAUGUUAAUGUGAGAUGGAAAAGCUUGCACAAGUGCUGGA